AUGAAAAAAAGUGAUUUCAUACAUCGAAUCGAUAUCUUUGAUCAAAAUCACUUUUCCAAAAAUCUUCCAAGUUAUCAGAUGUAUUCUGGACAUUUCAACAAAUCAAAUCAACUGAAUACUUUCAAUGUUUAUGCAGAAGCCCGUAGCUUAUUGAAUGAAUGGAUGAUUAAAAAUACUUUGGACAUUGAAGAUUUAGAUAGCGGGACUGAUGAUUUUAAGCCAAUUAUUCCUAGUCGAAAAGAAAUUAAAAGAGAAUGGGACCAUCUAUUUAAAGAUAACAAUCUGAAGAAUGACUUUUCAGAUGACUAUGAAGUUGAUAAUCACUUGAAAAAUAAUCACUAUACAGAACAUAAUUCUAAAGACUCAGAUUUAUCCCACAUUGGUUAUACACACCAACGUCAGUCUACAUUGGAAAAAAUUCUCCUACGUCAAGAAGAGGCUAAAGCACGACGUGAACUACGACAAAAAGAAUUAGAAUCUCGUCGUAUUCUUGAAGCUACUAAUCGUCAAAUAAAAGCACAGAUUUUGUACAAAGCAAAACAGGACGAAAAAAUGAGGCAAGCAGAAGAAAGACGGGAAGAAGAACUAAUUAACCAGGAGAUGGUUCGAAUUCGCAAAGAAUUAGAAGAAGAAAAACAGGCAGCUAAAAACUACAGAAAUUCUGGUAUUUCAAAGGAAUUUGUUACUGGUUCUAUGUGUGCUGUUCCUCAAUUAGAUUUAUCAUGUCUUUCUGUUAAUUCUGAUGAUGACAAUAAAUCAUUUACUACGACUGGGCGUGUUGAAUCUAAUGAGACUAGAAAUGAGAAAUACUUAAUGAAAUUGACAUUCAAUGCAUGGUAUAAUGUAAUUUAUAAUAUAAAAAUUCAAUUUACAAUGUUACAAGCUAAAAAUGAAUUUCAUUUAAAAAAAACUUAUUUUAAUUAUUGGAAAUUAAAAAUGCAUCAAAUUAAUUAUAAUCGUGAUAUUGAAAAGGCUAAAAUAGAUGCCAUAGAAAUAAUAAAAAAAGAAUAUAAAGCUAAACAGUUUCAUGAAAAUUUCCUAUUGAAACAAUGUUUUACACGUUGGAGUUGUACAAUACGAAUGGAGAAAUCAACUCGUGAUCAGUUAGAAAAAGAAUCAUUCAGACGUGAAAAAGAAAUCGAAUUUCUCAAUCACUUAGAUACUUUAAUGAACAAUCAUCAAACAAAAAUAUUAACAUCUGAUAAUGAUAAUAAUCAUAAUCAAAAUAAUGAAACUAUAUCACUUGGUAAUCGUAUAUGUUUAACUGAUAGAAAAUCACAAAAAUCAAAGACUGUAAAUACCAACAAAGUGUGUUUGAAAUCAGCGAAUUCAUCUCCUUCAGUUGAAGACUUGAUAUCUGGUGAUUUUACUCUGGAUCAUUACAAAAGUGAUAAAAAAAUCAAUCGAAUACUAUCCGCUCAAUCAAGUGUAAUGAAACCAAUUUUAAAUCAAACUAUUAUACAACAACGUAAUAUUAUUGCUGCACAAAAUCGUGAAAUUAAUGCAUUAAAAGCAGCUCACCGUUAUUCUGAAUGGUUAUUAGAAGCACGAGCACAUAAAUUAGCUAAAAAUAUAAUAGAAAAAACUAAUACAAAAAUUAACGAAGCUGAUAAAUCUUCCUCUGAAUUGAAUGAACCAUUAGUGUACGUUGAAAAUGGUAUAGAUGAUCAAGUUCAUUCUCAACUAAUAUCAAACGAAAUGAAAAAUUCCAUUAAUGAUAAUCAUUCAAUGACAAAUGAUUUAUCAGGACCAAUUCCUUUAAAAACUAUAUUGAUUAAUAAAAAAAACUCAUUUAUUCAAAAAAUGGAAGAAAGAGCAGCUGAACGUGCUCGUCGACGUGCAUUACAAGAAGAAAGAAGACGUGAAAAUGAACAAAAGAAAAAAUUAAAACAACAAAAAGAAUUAAAAUUAGCUUAUCAACGUGAAUUGAACUUAAAAGUUACUAUGCAUAGAAAUAUUUCAUGUUUACGUUAUUAUGGUCUUAAACCAUGGAUAAAUUAUGUGUUAAAACAACAUGAAUUAAUUCAGAUGGCUGAUUGUUAUGAAAAGAAAACAAUAAUGAGAAAUACAUUUCACACUUGGUUACUACAUUUAAAAAUUAAAUAUGAACAAGAAACUAAAUUUGUUCAAUGUCAUUACAAUGUAUUGCUAAUGAAAAAAACUAUAAAAGCACUUCAGAAGGCUUGUGAAAUACGUAAAGAGAAUGAGACUUUUGCUAACAAAUGGUAUCAUAAACAGCUUCUACGAAGUAGUUUUUUAUUUUGGGUUCAGUACGUAACUGAUCUUUGCAUUCAAGAAUGGCAACAAGGGGAAACUGCUUUGGAACAUUAUAACAGGCACCUAUUGUAUGUUUGUUUUAAAAUUUGGAUUGAUUUUCCAAAUCAACAACGUGUACAACGUCAACGAGAAUAUCGUCGUGAACAAUUUCGUAAAUGUCUACUUGAUAUUAUACCUGAUUUUAAUCCACCUAAACAAGAUAUCAAUGAAAUGGACUAAAUGUUUACAUAAAUUGUUAUCAUU